AUGCCAUCGUCUACGGUGGAGGAUCUUCUUUCAGCACCUGAGCAACAAAUCCGUGCUGUUCUUGGUGUCUUGUGCCAGGAUGAAGAUACCCGUUCCCGUGCUCUGGACCACUACCACAGUCUGCAAGCCACGCCCGAAGUCUCCGAUGGGCGCAAACGCAAGGCGGAAGAUGAGAUGAGUGUCUGUGUUCGGUGCAAGAAGGCGUUUGACAAACACGAAAACACGGAUGAAAGAGCAUGUCGUUACCACCCUGGAUUCAUGAAUGCUGACGACCAGGCUGAGGCAUGGGCUGACUAUGACGGUUUACUUGAGGACGUAGAGACAGAAGAGUAUUGGGAAGAACAUCCCGAGGCUUUUAUUUGGGAUUGUUGUGAUAACAGAGGCACUGAGGAGGGGUGUACCUAUGGCAAGCAUGAGGUUGACGUGAAGAAGUCUAAGAAGGGCGAUGGCAACAGUCUUGGUGUUGAGUAG